AUGCCUGGAGCUUGGGAUCAGCAGCGUGAGCAAGAGCUCUUGCUGGCAAUCGAUGCCACCCACACUAUUGACUGGGCUGCCGUUUCCAAGGAACUCGGUGACACCAGCAUCAACGCGUUGCGGAAGCACAUCAAUGUUGUGAAGCAGCUGCAGAAGAACACCGAUGAUGCCAAGGCCGCUACUGCCACCAAGGCCUCUACUGCCUCUACUGCUAAGAAGCCUGCUAAGCGUGCUGCGAAACCUGCUGCGUCGAAGGCUGCCGAGUCGACCGCCGAGGACACCGACUCCGACUAG